GGAUCUUUGGUAUGUGUUUCUUUUUGUACCAUGUGCAAAAGCUUAUCACAAAAGUCGGCAAAAUCAAAGCCGAAAUCAAUGAUGAACUCACCACAAAAAUUAAUUCUCGCAAUGCCAACUAGUGUUCUAGAAACCUAUCACAAUAAUUUUAAUCAAAUCGUUAAUGAAUUCGAAAGAAUCAAAAGAACUAUCAUGACACACCAAAAUAAAAUCAAUCAACGAUACUCUCUUAUCCAAAGCAUGAGCAGAAGAGAAUCUGAUCAACAAAGUGAAGCAUCAUCAUCAUCUAUACGAUCAUCAAAUUCUUCAGGAUCUGGUCGAAUUCAAUAUUCAAAUAUUAGCUCAACCAUCUGA